AUGGAGGUAGAUUCAAGGCAUGCAUAUUUUAUGAAGCAAGCCUUGUUGAUGGGCGAGAAAGCGCUCGAAUCUGGCGAAACGCCGGUUGGAUGCGUGUUGGUACAUCAUGAUAGAAUAGUGGGUUCUGGAAUGAAUGACACCAACAAAUCUAUGAAUGGUACAAGACAUGCCGAGUUCAUCGCCAUUGAAGACAUGCUCCGGAGCCACCCCAAGUCAUUGCUCCGCUCGACGGACUUAUAUGUCACAGUCGAGCCAUGCGUAAUGUGUGCUUCCGCUCUAAGGCAGUAUCAAAUACGAGCAGUCUAUUUUGGAAGCAUUUUGUCAUUGCAUUCUGACUUCACGAUCGACCCACCAUAUCCUGUCUAUGGAGGAUUAUUCCGCAAAGAAGCAAUAAUGUUACUUAGGCGCUUUUAUAUACAAGAGAAUGAGAAAGCGCCAAAACCACGGCCAAAAAAGAAUCGAGAACUCAAGACGAUGUCCGAAGAGGAUAACGCUCUGAGUCUUGCCUCUUAGGCGGAAAUGGUGGUAUGCAGUCGUCGCCGAACUUGCUACUUCGUAACCAUAUUGCUGAAGGCAGAUUGUUCAUGUAGCUGUAUUUCGAGUACAUGGGAAGAACAACAGGAUACAAAGGAUACACAAAACAUGUUCAGUGUCGAGGACUGACAACAUUCGACAACAUUCUACAAGCACAAAGACUCAGGGAGAGCCGGCUGUCGUCAAGCGCUCGGCUUCUAGUUCACGCUCAGCUUGCUGAUAAUAUUUUGCUGUGUCAACACCAUGCUG